AUGUCGCAGCUUGGCUCAACAGAGCCGGCAUCGGCCUCGCUCGAUACCAAGCCAUCGCUACCUCCAGCCAAAGUGCCCACCGACGACGAAGCGGAGGAGGGCGAGAUUCUCGACGAGGAAGAAGGCGAGAUCUCGGAGAGUCGACCCGAUGAUGCUGAUACUUCCGUCUCCACACCCGCACCGCCCACAUCCGCUAUCACUCCUCAGACCGUGGAGCAGCCACCGGAGCAGGCUCCCAGCGCACAGGUGCUCGCUGCGCCAGCGGCGGCCGUUGAGAGUAUCCAGCAGGAAGAUGAGGCGCAGUCCGCACCAGCAGCCUCCGUCGAGGACGUGACACAGCCAACCACGCAGGCAUCGCAACCCACAGAGCAAACAGAGGCAGCGGCCGAAGUGGCCCAGCUUUCUGCCGCGGACGCCUCCGCACCCGCCGCUGAGCCGACCACUGACGCAGCAGUCACCGACCCCGUCCCUGACGCGGUCAUCACUCCCGCACCCAGACCAGCAGAACUCCCGACACAACCCCAAGAGCCCGUCGAAACGACCACAGCUCCGCCAGAGAACGCCGACCCAGUCACACCCAAGCUCACCGAGGCACAAGCACCCCUUUCUGACGCACCGGUUGCUGCGCCGUCAAACACACAAGAUCAGGCCAUGGAAGAUGCACCCGCUGCUGCCAAAGAUCUCGCUUCGACCGAGCCGCAAGCCGAUGCUGUUACCGCUGAGGUAGCUCCGACAGCGGACGAGCCGGCAGACAUGGAUGUCGACGAAAAAAUCGUCAUCCAAGCACCGCCCACCAACGAAGCGGUAGAGUUCACCGCGGACGUCGGGCAAGACGCCAUGCAGGUGGACAGCACCGUUCAUACGCCUGCUCUGCCCUCGGAUGGGCCCGAGACCCCUGCUGCGCCCACUGCCGCUCUCCCGGCCGAGGAACGCGACGAACCUGCAGCUUCCGUGGAUGAGUCGGCGAUCGUCAAGAGCGAGCCUCAGUCAGAGGCGCAGGAGCAGCCACAGCUGGACACUGUAAAGGACGUAGAAGUACCCCUCGCAGGACCGGUCGAUGCCCAGCCACAAAGCGUCGAGGAGCAGGCACAGAAGGAAGAAGCAACCACGACCACACUCGAUGCCCAUCCCGAACCACAACAAGAGCAAGCAGCGCCCUCUGCGCCACUCGAAGGCGACGCACCUUCCACUUUGGACAGACCGCGAUCCGAAGAGGUCCCAUCUCGCUCCACCGUCGAGCGGCCCGAGCGAUCGGCAUCUCGCCCCGCCGAGUCGCGCUCCACGAACCGCAACUCAGCCGCGCCCAGCUCCAUCCCCGGCCGGGUCGAGCGGGAGCGCACCAAAGACCGUUCCCAUCCUCCAUCCGAGCGAUCUCAGGACCGAGAACAACGGGCGCGCGAAAAGGACCGUCGUCGGGAACUGGAGCGGCUCGAGCGCGAGCGCGAACGCGAGCGUGAGCGCAUCCGCGAAUCCGAGCGCGAUCGAGAGAUGAUGAUCGCGCGGGAGAACGAGGAGGCGCGGCUGAUCUGGCUGAGUCUACCUGGCAACGAUCAUCCGCAGUACUAUACGGAUACGGACUCGGACUCGUGUUAUGGGGGAGGUGGGGCGUUUGGGGUGGAUUUGACGGAUGAGGAGGAUAAAGAUUUGGAUCCGCCGCUGCCGAGGACGGCGCAGGAGUUUUAUCCGCCGCCGACGUAUGGCGAGAGGAACUUUGAUGAUUUGGGUUAUGGCGGCAAGCGGAAGAGGGGGGAUGAUGGGGAUGGGACUUCGUCGCGUCGCUCUCGACACGGGGCUGUUCCUGCUGCUGAGAGGUUCGCGCCGUCGACCGCGCCACGCGACGCUCACCCGUCGACCAUGAUCAACAUCGACGACUUUCCCAUCCCGGACUCGGACGUUCGCGGUUCGCCCUCCGACCGUCCCUUCACCAGCCAAAUCUCCCGUCCCCUCAUCCCCGCCCACACCCCUUCCCACCACGAAGACGACGACUCCGCCUCGUCCUCCGACGAAGAGUCCUCCCGCAUCGCUUCUGAGCGCAAGCGUCGACACGGCCAUCGCAGUGGCAACCGGGGUAACAAGCUCUCCCGCGAAAAGGGCGCCCGCUGGAUCCGCCGCGGCAAGCUCGGCGGGUUCACCGAGAUGCGCAUGGAGAAAGAAAUCGGCGAUCGCGUGCGGCAUCGCGUCGAGGCGAUGCAGAAGGACAACGUGCGUGCGCUGCUGUCUGCUAUGCCUGCGGAGGAUAAGGCGAUGCUCUCCCAGUUCCCGGUGUUGAAAUCCGGGUUGAUGCGGGAUGGAGGAGAAGGGUUGAGGGACGGGAAGGGUCGACUGUUGGCAUCGGACAUCUCGGAGGCCGCGCGGAUCGAUGCGGUUUUAGGGCUGGAUGGGGGCAAGGUGGAGCGGGAGGAGCAUCUGACGUCGACGUCACUGGCUCCGACUUUGCUCAAACCGGCGAUCACGCCGAGACAGGUGUUGACGAGUCAUACGUUGAGGCAUACGUUUAGGAACCCGCACAUUGCGGCGUUGGGCAAGACUGCGUUGGAUCUGAUCGAGAGCGAAGGGGUGGUGGGGAGGGCGGUGGGGAGGUGUUGGGCUGCGAUGGAGCGAGGUGGGUGGAACGAGGAUCCUGAACCCAAAGGUGAUGAGGCCGACGAGGACGGUGCUGCGAAUGGGAUGGAUGUCGAAGAGGACGAGGGGGCAGGUACGCUGUUCGGCUCGCCCAUCGACAACCCGGCGCUGUCGCACCUCGAUCGGCUGUUCGUCACCAAACAGGGCCUCGCCAUUCCAAGGCUUGACGAUGUUGGACAGCCCAUCUUUGUGCCCCCUUCACCAGCGACCCAGGCCGCCCGCACGCAAGCCGGUGUGUCCGAGGAAGCGGCCCACGAGGCGGUGAUCGAGACGACCCUGCUGCCGGCCCCCGAGCAACGCUCUAUUGUGCUAGCAGCGCUCGAGUGCCUGCACGACCUCGCCGCCGACUCGCGCGAGUACGUGGAACGUCUCGAGGAGGUGCGCUCGAGACUCGCUGCGGUCAAGAGGAGACGGGCGCAGGUGUGGAAUGCCGUCCGACAGUGGGCGCUGGACAAGGACGUGGAGGCGGAGCAGGGGAGCGGGGCGAGGCUGGGCGAAACGGUCGCUGUGGCUGUUGCCAACGGCGGCUCGCCGAGGAAGAGGAAGUAG